UAUAAGCCAUAGCUCGUAACUCGCACAUAGACAUAGUACUUCCGUGUCCAAAGUUACAAGUUAUCUAAGCCCACUUUGUGUUGUGUUGUGUUGUGUUUCACUCUCUUUCUGCCAAUAUGUUCAUCAAUUCCUCCAUUUCUGAGAUCCACUUUCAGAUGGUUGUGUUGUCCCUGUAGCUUCGAAUCGGACAGCGAAAUUUGCUGGGAGAGUUUCAAUUUCAAAUCUUGUCGGUGAUUCAUUUGGUAUUGCACUCGCGUUUCUCUUUCUCUAUUUUCAUCGGAAAUUAUGGUUUUUCAUUUCUAGAGGGGUGGUUUUUAUGCAUAAGUCAAUUAUGGGUUCCUAACUGAUAGAUAGAAGAAAAGAAUUGAAUAGAUAAGAGAUUGGUGGCAUGUCGAUGUGGAUGGUGUGAUGAAUUUGUUUUUAUGGGUAGAGGCGGCACAUGAAUUGAAGGAAUUGUUGGAAUAAUAAUGGUUUUUGCUUCUGCCAUCUGCUAUGGUUUUGUUGGGGUGUGCUGAGGUUUCCUUGUCAUGACAAAGAAAUUGCGUUUGGGUUGUUCUUUGCAGGAGGAGGAUGGAAAGAAAGUGAACAACUUUGUGGAAAUGGAUAGUGGGGAAGGAGUGAAUGAUGGUUUUCCUGGACCUGGACCAAAUGAUUCGCUUCUCCCUGGCCUUAUUGAUGAUGUUGCCCUCAAUUGUCUUGCUUGGGUUAGUAGAUCCGAUUACGCCUCGCUAUCGUAUAUUAAUAAAAGAUUCAAUAAACUGAUCAAUAGUGGCUAUCUAUAUGGGUUGAGGGUACAAUUGGGGGCUGUGGAACAUUUGGUUUAUAUGGUUUGUGAUCCAAGAGGUUGGGUGGCAUUUGACCCUAAGAUAAACAGGUGGAUGGCGUUACCUAAGAUACCUUGUGAUGAGUGCUUUAACCACGCAGACAAGGAGUCCCUGGCUGUUGGCUGCGAACUGUUGGUCUUUGGUCGGGAAUUGAUGGAGUUUGCCAUAUGGAAGUAUAGCAUGAUUUGUCGCGGUUGGGUGAAGUGCCAGGAGAUGAACCAACCUCGCUGUUUGUUUGGAUCUAGUAGUCUUGGUUCAAUUGCUAUUGUUGCUGGAGGAAGUGAUAAGUAUGGAAAUGUUCUAAAAUCAGCUGAGUUGUAUGAUUCUUCAUCAGGUACGUGGGAACUUUUACCGAAUAUGGACACGCCGCGUAGAUUGUGCUCUGGUUUUUUUAUGGAUGGCAAAUUCUACGUGAUUGGUGGAAUGUCGAGUACAACUGUUUCAUUGACUUGCGGAGAGGAAUACGAUCUCAAGACAAGGAAUUGGCGUAAGAUAGAGGGGAUGUAUCCGUAUGUUAACGUGGGUGUUCAUGCACCUCCGCUUGUGGCUGUUGUGGAUAAUCAGCUAUAUGCAGUUGAGCAUGUAACUAACAUGGUGAAGAAAUAUGACAAGGAAAGGAACAGCUGGAAUGAAUUGGGGAGGCUUCCAGUCCGGGCAGAUUCUUCUAAUGGUUGGGGGUUGGCUUUCAAGGCUUGUGGAGAGCAGCUUUUGGUUGUGGGUGGACAAAGGGGUCCAGAAGGUGAAGCUAUUGUGCUGAGUUCAUGGUGUCCUAAGUCAGGGAUCAGGAAUGGCAUCAUAGAUUGGCAGGUACUUGGUGUGAAGGAGCAUCUUGGGGUGUUCGUGUAUAAUUGUGCUGUUAUGGGUUGUUGAGAUAAUUAUAGAUUGACUCAACAGAGGAUGCUGGUAUCCACAAUCUGACUUAGCCUUGAAGGGUGCUUCCAUGUUCAAUCACCUCAAGUUAAUUGUUUAUGGGAUAGCUUUCCCUAGCUGGGAAUUUGGUUUCUUUCUUUUAACAUGGUUUAUUUGGAUGUAUUUCUCACUUUCCUGGUCCAUAAUUCUAAAUUGCUUUUGAGAUUACUGAGUAGGCUUACACAGAUAUGUCAUGCUAUCUUUUUUAGCCAACUAUGUAAACCAAUAAAUGAAGGAGUUUUCAUUGUUUAAUGUUCA